GGAGGAGGAGGAGAGAGAGAGAGAGAGAGAGAGAGAGAGAGAGAGAAACGAGAGAGGUUCAAGACCUCAAUGGAUAAACGUGCUGUACUGAUGUUCUCGUAGUCUACACUCUGAGUUUCCUUGGCAAGUUUUUGCACCUCUGCAGGAUUUUCCUAAAUGCUGUUAAUUUCCUAGACACACCUUCUCCCACUCAACAGAGGGCCUUCAAUAACAAACAGAAGAUCCAAAGUCCUCUAAGUCUUCUACGUCCUCGCCUCAAAGAACGACACGUUUCAUUCAGUUUUUCCGACACCCGUGUUUGUUCCCCUGAUGGGCGCCAUACCAGACUGCAGGAUCGUCUUACUUUCAUCAGCGUUGAGAACCUCUUCCGAGCCCUAACCCGCCUCACCGAAAACACAGACAGCAGCACCAGAUGGAGACGAAAGACGUGAUGAUGACAAGCGUGUUGACAAAGGACAAAUGGGAGGCCGGGGCCGAGCGAGGCAAAGGGAGCGAGGAGGCGAAAGACGAAGGGACGCAGGAGGAAAACUGUCGACUGAUGCUGGCUGACGGUCUGGCGGAGAGAGGACCGAAGAGCCCGGGUUCCGGUCAACAGGUGUCCAACGGCUUCACCACGUCUGGCCCUCAGAGCUCCAAGGAAGGAGCGGGGCUUCCCGAUGCUUCCCCCGCAGGUACGGCGUCCGCGCCUGCAGGGGCCUCCUCCGCACCGGCGGGAGGCCUCAGGACUCUCGUGGUCCAACAAACCACCUUGGACCGUCCCAGAGAGACCUGGAGCAAGAAGAUGGACUUCUUACUCUCUGUGAUUGGCUACGCAGUGGACCUGGGCAACGUGUGGCGUUUCCCCUACGUCUGCUACCAAAAUGGAGGAGGUGCCUUUCUGCUGCCCUACCUGCUGAUGGCGGUGUUUGGAGGUGUGCCUCUCUUCUACAUGGAGCUGGCUCUCGGUCAGUUUCACCGCAAUGGCUGCAUCUCCAUCUGGAAACACAUCUGCCCCAUCUUCAAAGGUAUUGGCUUCGCCAUCUGCAUCAUAGCCCUCUACAUUGCCUUCUAUUACAACACCAUCAUGGCCUGGGCCUUGUACUACCUGUUGUCGUCAUUCCAGCCCACCCUGCCCUGGACCACUUGCACCAACAGCUGGAAUACGGCCAACUGUAACAGCUACAUGUCCACCGACCACAAUGUCUCGUGGACCAACACCUCCACCUCCCCCGCCGAGGAGUUCUAUACUCGACACGUGUUGCAGGUCCACCGCUCUUCGGGUCUGCACCAGUUAGGUUCCAUCAGCUGGCAGCUGGCCCUCUGCCUUCUCUUCAUCUUCACCAUUGUCUACUUCAGUAUCUGGAAGGGAGUCAAGACAUCUGGAAAGGUGGUCUGGGUGACCGCUACAUUCCCUUACCUGGUCCUCCUGGUGCUGCUCGUCCGUGGGGCCACUCUUCCAGGGGCCUGGAGGGGCGUGGUCUUUUAUCUGAAACCUGAUUGGCAAAAACUGCUCAGCACAACCGUGUGGAUCGACGCUGCGGCUCAGAUCUUCUUCUCGCUGGGUCCGGGCUUUGGCGUGCUCCUCGCCUUUGCCAGCUACAACCCCUUUCACAACAAUUGCUACAAAGACGCGUUGAUCACCAGCUCGGUCAACUGCCUCACCAGCUUCCUGUCUGGCUUUGUGAUUUUCACCGUGCUGGGCUACAUGGCUGAGAUGAGGCAGCAGGAUGUGGAUGCGGUCGCCAAGGAUGCCGGACCCAGUCUGCUUUUCAUCAUUUAUGCAGAAGCCAUUGCAAACAUGCCGGCUGCAACUUUCUUUGCCAUUAUCUUCUUCCUCAUGAUCAUUAUGUUGGGUCUGGAUAGCACGUUCGCCGGCUUGGAGGGUGUGAUCACCGCCAUGCUUGAUGAGUUCCCCAACAUCUUGGUCAAAAGAAGAGAGUGGUUUGUCUUCGGUCUGGUGUGCGUCUGCUACCUGGGGGCGCUCACCACGCUCACUUAUGGCGGAGCGUUCGUGGUGAAGCUGUUUGAAGAAUACGCCACAGGUCCUGCAGUCAUCACCGUGGUGCUGCUGGAAGUCAUCGCCGUUUCCUGGUUCUACGGAACCAACCGUUUUUGCAACGACAUCCAGGUCAUGCUUGGUUUCUACCCCGGGUGGUUCUGGAGGAUCUGCUGGGUCGCCAUCUGCCCUAUCUUUCUGCUGUUCAUCAUCAUCAGCUUCCUGGCCUUCCCUCCAGAGGUGAAGCUGUUCGACUACCAGUACCCACCCUGGACCACGGUCCUUGGCUACUGUAUCGGCGUGUCCUCUUUAAUCUGCGUGCCUGCUUACAUGGUCUACCACCUCGUCAAUUCCAAAGGCACACUCAAACAGCGUCUGUCCAAGAGCAUCACUCCCGAGCCCAGCAAUGAGCAACACAGAGGCUUCAUCGUCACCAACGCAGUCUGACCCGGACCCGCACCAGUGCCAUCUUCCACCGACCACCGCUUUUGCCUCUCGUUCACACAUUUCUUGCACCCCGUUGUCUUUGUAACCCCCGAAAACCUCGGAAUAACCGGUCGUGACGUAGGCGAAGGCUUUUGAACGCAUCGCUUUCUUUACUGUAUAAUCACUGCCUUUUUCUUCAGGUCACACAUGAUUCUAUGCGUUACGAUGUCGGACUAUACGUUAUUAUGUUCCCGGUCACGGUGAGUGGAAGAAUACACCGAUAAGUUUAUGCAUUGUGCAUGUAGCGAAAUUCAGGUAUUAUCUCUUAUAUUUGUUAUUGAAGCCAAAUAUAUGAUCUUUGUUCUGCUCAUAUUACAAGCACUAAUGGUGUUGCAUUCAUGUUUGGACUGUAAAGACAGAUCUAUCGACACUGUGAAGCAGUGUGUGCUUGGGACGUGCGUGUGCCUGUGUUUAUUUGUGUGUGUGCGUGUGCGUGUGUGUGUGUGUGUGUGUGUGUGCGUGAGUGUGUGUGUGUAUGUGUGUGUGUGUGUGUGUGUGUGAGAGAGAGAGACAGCAAGACUGUUAUAAUGGCCUCUGGAAAAAUAUCGAAUAGAAUAUUUCUUUUGUCACGCAUCGGCAUCUUGUCACCUGUUGUUAUUUUACCACAAGACUGGACUUGGUGUUGCAGAGUCGUCGGUAAUAGAAACCAAAUAUGAAGUGAACACUUAUAUCUAAACAAAAAAACAAAAAAAAACUCUUCAUAACCACCAAAGUGUUCUUGUAUUUCUACCCUUCUUGAGACAACAACAAGGAAAAGUACCUUCCAUAUGAACCAUGGCGUCUAAUAGAGAAUGUCUCAUUUGCACCCCCUGGUGGGGAAAUAUAUCAAAAUUAGGGUGGUCCCAAAAAAGGAGGGAUUUUUCUAAUUGACUGUGUGUCGGUUUUAAAAGUGCUCCUCCCUCUGGUCAACAUAUGAAAUAACAAGUGUGUGUAAGAAAUUAAUAUAGGGCUCUUUGGCCAAAAUAAAUGUAUAUAGAGACAUACUGAUAUAACUUGAAGUAAAUAAUGAAGAUUAAAAAACAAUUAAAAACAAAAAAUUAACUAAAAGCAGUCUUUUUCUCACAAUGCGUCGACUUGUUUCUUAUAAAAUUGGGAACAAUUUAUCACAUUCUUUCUGUUUUUGUAAUAUUGCAAUAUUUUCUCUGAAAAUUAUUACAUUUUUAUGUAAAAUUAUUACUUUGUAAUGCAAAAUGGCGACAAUUGUCAUACAAAAUUCUGACUUGUAUCACAAUAUUGCCAAUUUUUUGGUUGUUGUUGUAAAAUAAUGAAAUUUUUUGAGUAAAAUUAUAACUUUUGUCAUAAUUUCGCAAAGUAAAAUUCUGAUUAUUUUUAUAAUAUUGCCAAAAUUUUAAAGUUUUCUUAGAAAAUUGUGACUUUUGUCGAGUAAAAUUACGACUCUUUUCAUAAAAUUGCUAACAUUUUAAGCUUUCCUCGUAAAAUCGCGACGGUUAUUGAGUAAAAUUCCAGCUUUUAUCAUAAUAUUGCACAAAUGUUCAGUUUUUUUUGUAAAAUUUUGACUUGCGUUGAGGAAAAAUUACGACUUUUAUUAUAAUACUAGAGGUAGGCAUUUUUCGGAGGUCUCAAGAAGGUAACAAAUACAAGAUUGUGUGUGUGUGUGCGUGUGUGUGUGUGUGUGUGUGUGUGUGUGUGUGUGUGUGUGUGUGUGUGUGUGUGUGUGUGUGUGUGUGUGUGUGUGUGUGUGUGUGUGUGUGUGUGUGUGUGUGUGUGUGUAAGAGAGAAAGCGACGAUUCAAAAAUGACAAGUACUGUACCUCCAUGUGUGUAUUUCCUUGUCUGUGUGGUAUUGAUGUAAUCUAUCCUGUGAAUAUCUCCUCCUAUGGAUGUGUGUGUGUGUGUGUACUGUACUUAAAGAGUGUGUGUGUGUAUAGAAAAUGUGUUCUCUUGUUGUCGUCAACUGCCAAAAUAUUUAAUGAAGGAAGUAAACUCCCUCUAGAACCUUAUAGAAAAUCUAUGUACGUCCACUAAAGACCCUCCCUGUAUAGAAGAAAGACAUAGAAGUAUAUGGGAAAUAAUAAUAAAGAUAU